UUUGUUUGAAUAAUACAAAUCUUCUCAACUUCAAAUUGCAUUUUAUGCAUUGAUACUUUUAAAAUACGUAGUCUUGCAUUUGUAAAACUUUACACUUCGUGACCUUGAGGAUUUAUUCUUGGAUAUAAUUUCCCUUUUGGUCUCUGGUACCCCUGUGAGCGGAGCAGUACUUUGUUCCUGGACACUGGACGAUGGCAGAGGUUUAAGUGAAAGCUAUCGGAGGUUUUAUUUUUUUGACAGCCGGGGGAACUUUUAUUCCACACAGUGACAUUGGUCAAGCAGUUCGCAGUGGAAGCUGCACGAUGUCCUUAAAACCGCGGGUGGUGGAUUUUGAUGAGACCUGGAACAAGCUGCUCACCACCAUCAAGGCGGUGGUGAUGCUGGAUUACGUGGAGAGAGCGACGUGGAACGACCGCUUCUCUGAUAUUUACGCAUUGUGUGUUGCAUACCCAGAACCCUUGGGCGAACGGCUGUACACGGAGACAAAAGUGUUUCUGGAAAAUCAUGUCCGUCAGCUAUAUAAGAAAGUGCUGGAGUCUGAGGAGAAAGUGCUGCUGAUGUAUCAUAGAUACUGGGAGGAGUACAGUAAGGGUGCUGACUACAUGGACUGCUUGUAUCGGUACCUCAACACACAGUUUAUAAAGAAGAACAAACUGACUGAAGCGGAUCUGCAAUACGGCUACGGAGGAGUCGAUAUGAAUGAACCACUGAUGGAGAUUGGAGAGCUUGCUCUUGAUAUGUGGAGGAAGCUGAUGAUUGAGCCUCUUCAAGCCCUGCUGAUCCGAAUGCUUCUGAAAGAAAUCAAAAAUGACCGAUGUGGGGAGCAUCCGAAUCAGAAAGUAAUCCAUGGGGUUAUCAACUCCUUUGUUCAUGUUGAACAGUACAAGAAAAAGUUUCCUCUAAAGUUUUAUCAGGAGAUUUUUGAAGGGCCGUUUCUGACAAAAACAGGCGAGUAUUACACACAAGAAGCAUCCAACCUACUGCAGGAGUCCAACUGCUCUCAGUAUAUGGAAAAGGUGUUAGGGCGGUUGAAAGACGAAGAGGUGCGAUGUCGGAAGUACCUGCAUCCAAGCUCCUAUGCCAAAGUGAUCCAUGAAUGCCAGCAGAGGAUGGUGGCUGACCACCUGCAGUUCCUGCAUGGAGAGUGCCAGAACAUCGUCAGACAAGAAAAGAGAGAAGGAGCCCAAACGUCUGUUUCACUGAUGGACGUGGCUUGUGCUGACUCGUUUUCAGACAUGGCGAACAUGUACACACUGCUGCGGGCCGUCGCCAAUGGCUUACCUCACAUGAUCCAGGAGCUGCAGGUGCACAUCCGUGACGAGGGGCUCCGAGCCACCAGUAACCUCUCUCAGGAAAACAUGCCAACUCAGUUUGUGGAGUCCGUGUUGGAGGUUCAUAGUAAAUUUGUCCAGCUGAUUAACACAGUGCUAAAUGGGGACCAGCACUUCAUGAGUGCACUCGACAAGGCUUUGACAUCAGUCGUAAACUACAGAGAACCCAAAUCCAUUUGUAAAGCACCUGAACUGCUUGCUAAGUACUGUGACAAUCUGCUGAAGAAAUCAGCAAAGGGGAUGACCGAGAACGAGGUGGAGGAUAAACUUACCAGCUUCAUCACUGUCUUCAAGUACAUUGAUGACAAAGACGUCUUUCAAAAGUUUUAUGCCAGAAUGCUCGCUAAGAGGUUAAUACAUGGCCUUUCAUUAUCCAUGGACUCUGAAGAAGCCAUGAUUAACAAACUAAAGCAAGCAUGCGGCUAUGAGUUUACGAGCAAACUGCACCGAAUGUACACAGACAUGAGCGUCAGUGCUGAUCUCAACAACAAGUUCAACAACUUCAUUAAAACCCAGGAGACCGUCGUGGAUCUGGGCAUCAGCUUUCAGAUCUACGUGUUACAGGCAGGUGCAUGGCCUCUCACACAGGUUCCUUCUUCUACAUUUGCCAUCCCUCAGGAACUCGAGAAGAGCGUACAAAUGUUUGAGCUGUUUUAUAACCAGAAUUUCAGCGGGAGGAAGCUCACCUGGCUGCACUAUCUCUGCACAGGUGAGGUGAAGAUGAACUACCUGUCCAAACCCUACGUCGCCAUGGUUACCACCUACCAGAUGGCGGUGCUGCUGGCCUUCAACAACAGUGAGACAGUGAGCUAUAAAGAGCUGCAGGAGAGCACUCAGAUGAACGAGAAGGAGCUGCAGAAAACCAUCAAGUCCCUGCUGGAUGUCAAGAUGAUCAAUCAUGACUCGCAGAAAGAGGAAAUUGAGGCCGAAUCCACUUUUUCAUUAAAUAUGAGUUUCACGAGUAAAAGGACCAAGUUUAAGAUCACGACCUCGAUGCAGCGAGACACGCCACAGGAGGUGGAACAGACGAGGAGUGCCGUGGAUGAAGACAGGAAGAUGUAUUUACAGGCUGCUAUAGUCAGGAUCAUGAAAGCCAGGAAAAUUCUGAGACACAACGCACUUAUUCAAGAAGUGAUCAACCAGUCCAAAGCCCGGUUCAAUCCCAGUAUCAGCAUGAUAAAGAAGUGCAUCGAAGUGCUUAUCGACAAGCAGUACAUAGAGCGAAGCCAAACCUCUGCGGACGAGUACAGCUAUGUGGCAUAAAAGAAGAAGAAAAAAAUAACACUUGGCAGUCAAAACGUAAACCAUGUCUUUAUUUUUGGCUGCAGCUGGCUCAGGCUGUCUCCCUGCAGGAUGAAGUGGGACUGUGCCGCCAUCUGAAGAGGGGGGAGAAGGGCCUCCACGUACCCAGGCAGUCAUAAACCCCCACCACCACCACCUCCCUCCAGCCUAAAACCUUUUCUGAUUUUACGCUGUUUACAACAUCACCAGUGCCACGCCCCCGCGCGUCAAUGGAAAAAAAAAAAAGAAAGAAAACGAUGCCUAUAGCUAUUCAAGCGCAAACUGAUUAAAAAAUACAUUUUUAAAUAAUGUAACCAUAACCAAGAAACCACGAGAGCAAAUGGACGUGUCAGAGUUUUAAAAAAAAAAAAAAGUGUCUAAGGAAAAACAACCAUGCUUUCUUUUCUCACGUUUGCAGUUGUAGUGUGUUCUUCUUUUUUAAUGUAUCAAAGUGAGAGGGAGAGAAAAAAAGACUAUUGUAAUAAAGCCGUUAUACCGAUAAUUGUAUUUACCUUAAACAUGUAAAAAAAAAAAAAAAUGAGGUGACAAAAUACUGCUGCUUGUCAAAUAAACAAAUGAAAAACUGAUUGUGUGAAUGUUUUCUCGAGCGUAACAGUUCGCUAUGAGACAAAGGGUCUUAGUGAAGUGCUGUAAUAUCGACAGUUCUCUACAGAAAGGAAAUGCCCCGAGGAGGUUGUGCUUUUCAUCAGUCUGGAGGUAGUUUUCUGUUAAAGUGUCUCACUUCAGGUCCAAGCCCCUUUUCCAAAGCCUGGCGUGUGCUACUUCUUGGCAUGAAGAUCCUCUUCAAAUAGGAUCCAUAUGAGCAGUUCUGAUGAAGCGCGCAUUUCCACAGCGUGUGCGUCAUCACCAAGGCAUGUUUUGUGCACUCCGAGGCAUUACGUUGUCAUCUUAUUUAAGGGUAGAAGUUUUGUGGUUUCACGUCAUGUCACAAGAGUUUACCCAGAAAAGCUUAUUUUAAAAUCGAGACAGGAUGCAUUUGUGUAAUUUUAGUUGUUGCCAGAAGGGGUCGAAAUAGAGCAAUUUCUUGCAUUAACAGGAAUGAAGAACUGUAGCAGAUGUUUCAAAGAAAUGUAUGUGGGCCAUGUUUUCAUGUGAAUGGAAGAAUUUUGUACUCGAAAAGCCGAUUUCAAAUGUUUGCAAUAAACGAGUCUUGUUAUAAAA